AUGAGUGCCCAGGCUUACUAUGAACUGUAUCGUGGGAGCAGUCUCGGCCUUUCCCUUACCGAUACGCUCGAUGAUCUCAUCAAUGAAGGGCGAAUCGAGCCUCAGUUGGCUAUGAAGAUCCUCUCGACCUUUGACCGUAUUAUCACUGAAGUUCUCGCGGACAAAGUUCGCGCAAGACUUACUUUUAAGGGCCAUCUCGAUACGUACCGUUUCUGCGACGAAGUCUGGACCUUUCUUAUCAAGGAUGUCACUUUCAAACUGGAUAAUCAGACAACAGUGUCAGCGGACAAAGUGAAGAUCGUGAGCUGCAAUAGCAAGCGGCCUGGAGAGGCCUAA